AAGUUGCCUUUACACAUUCGUUUCUUCUUCUCUCUCGCACUCUCUUGUAGCCGCAAAGAAAAAAAAACACACACAAACCUCCACUAAUAGGUUCCAAUGUGAGAUAAGAGAAUGUGUAACCGGUUGUAGCUGAACCACACAUGGAGAUGAAACAGUUUAAUGAAGAGAUAUUAUUGCCAAAGAAAGAGCAGAGUCCUGGAGUAGGAGGAGGACAUGAAGAAUGUGUUCUUACCAAUGCUAAUACAAGUGAGGGAAUUUUGACUUCAGUUUCUGGUGGUGAGGAUUUGGAUGUUGAUAUAGUUGUUGAACUUGAUGAAAACAACACAUCCACCACGGAUGAUGAUGAUGAUCCAAACGCUACUGAAUACUCAAGCUCGUUUUCCGACACUUCAUCCGAGGAUGCUGCAGACAUGUUGUGUACUGGACUAACCGAAGAAGCUGAUGUUGAAUCUCAUUAUUGGGAUGAGACUGACUUAGGACCUGCGUAUGAUUCCUUUAGCAGUGUUUUCCAUUUUAGGAAGAAAAGGCUGACAAAUCACUGGAAGAGCUUUAUAAGGCCACUGAUGUGGAGAUCCAAGUGGCUUGAACUAAAAAUUAGAGAGUUAGAGACUCAGGCAUUAGAAUAUCCGAAAAAGCUUGAAUCAUUGGAUCAAGAAAAGCUUGGAGCAGCUAAUACUGAUCCAUCUGUGUUGGAGAAUGGGAUGAAGUCGUUGCCUUUUACUAAUCCUUCUUACAAGAUAAGAGCAGCAAAGAGGAGAAGGAAGCGUAAGAAGGUUGAGAGCACUGAUGAUCUAACUUCAUAUAUGUCUCAUCAUAACCUCUUUUCUUAUAUCGAGACAAAGAGAUUGAGCUCAGAUGGAAUGUCAAUGGCUGCUGAUGACUUUGGUGCUGCUAAGGAUCCACGGGUUGAUACAAAGGACCAGGUAGAUUUAGUUGAUGAUGACUCACUUUUCGACCACCGAGAAGGAGAUAGUGUCUUAGAAGAGGUUCUCUGGAAGAUAGAGCUGGUACAUUCGCAGGUUCUUAGAAUGAAAAGCCAAGUUGAUGUUGUCAUGUCCAAGAACGCAGCGAGAUUCUCUUCCUCAGAGAAUCUGAGCCAUCUUGCUGCAAGCUCUGCACCUAGCCCAACGGUUUCCGCUGGUGGAGAUGUGAUCUCCAUUGGAGCUAAUGCUAUCUACAACUCUUCACAGCAUAUGGCAGACUAUGUUUUUGGAGAGUUAGUGUUCUCAUCAGAAGGAGUGGUUUCUAGCUACGGAGAUGCGUUUCAUAUUCCUGAUAUAAUCGAAAGUACUGUUGGUCUGUUUGCAGAUGCAGAUGUUACAUUACAUCAUCCUCAGAUUGGAGAUUCCUGUGAAGAUAUUUUGGAUAAUAUCUUGAUUCGAAAUGGAGUGGCUGAAGAGAUGAAUGGUGAUUUGAUGGAAACUAGUAGCCAUGAAGAAGGUGAGAAAGGAGAGGAGGGAGAAGGAACUAAUGUUCCACCGUUGCAGCAAAUUCAAGAAACAGAACAAGAAGACAAAUCGUUGUUGCUACAAGAUUCCGUACUAAGAUCAUGUUUAGCUUCUGAGAUGCUUGUUGUUCCUAGGAACAAAAGGACUAGAGGUGGAGAACGUAAAGCGAGUUCUUGGUGCAAGAAGCAUCUCAGUGAUCCUGAAAGCCAGUGAUGGCUGGAAGUAAGCAUCUUAUGAUCAGUCUUUCUUCAUUGUCAAAACCUCAGUAAACUUCUCUUUAGUCUUUUUUUUUUUUACUUUCUUUUCACAUUGUGUGUGUUUGCAGAACAUGCAACUUGUUUUUUUUCAUAUCAUUUUCUUCUUUAGCUUAUUUUCUAUUUUUAUGAUGUUGAUGAAAAAAGUUAGAGAGAAGACACAAACCUUGUGUAAUUAGGCCUUUGAUUACAAGUUACUAUCA